UAAAUAAUUAUCCAUGUUCAUUUAUUCAUUAGUCUGGAUUCAAUAAUUGAUCGUUAUUGCGAAAAAUUUACUCUUUAUUAUUGAUAUUAUUAUUUUCAAUUUAGUAUUAAUUUCUUAAUAUAAUUUUCAACUGCUGUUGCUAAAAUAAUUUAAUUUAUAUGCUUUAAAAUUUAAUGUAAUUUGUUUACCUACCGACUAUUCGGUAUGAAUAAUCCGUAUUUAUUAAAAAGUAAAUUAAAAGAAAAUGAAGAAGAGUUAGCAAGUUAUUUGCGUGAUAUGAAUAUUUGGAAUGAACAAAUGAAACGAAAAGAACACCCUCGCCUUGUUAAAGUAUAAAAUAUAAUUUAAUCAAUAAUUAUAUUAAUAUUACUAUUGCUAAGAGCAAACGGUGACUGUAUAUUUUAGUCUAUUUAGACAAAAGCCAGAGAAAUUAUCGGUUUUAAUAGAUUUCAAUUUUGGAAACGAAUUAUGAUUCUUUAGGUUGAUUUUUAUAUUUUUCUGUUUGAUGUAGAAAUUUAAAUAUUUUACUUGGAAGCUGUAUUAAAUUUUAUUGUAUUUUUGAAAAAAUGUCAUGUAUUUUGCAUUUUACUUGUGAUUAAAUGGAUUGAAACUUAAAAAAAAAAUACCAAUCCAUAGAAUAAAACCUUGGUAGUCAAAUCUUAAGUUUUCAAAUAUAUAUUGCUAUCAAACACAAUUCCUACAGUUUUGUUUGGCUUUUAAGUCUAAUAUAUAAAAUAUGUUAUUUUAACGACAGUACCCUUUUCCCUUAAAUGGUGUUCAUAUACUAAUAGAUACCUGGAAAAGUCUUAUCAUUAAGAUAGUAAUUGAAAUAUGAAAACAAAUUUAACUUUUUCAAAAUAAGACGAAGAUUAGAAAACAUCACUAAUCCUCUUAAUUUAUUUUUAGAAUCAGAAUUGCUGAAGGAAUUUGAAUUAUACAGGGUUUGGCGAAUAUAAUCUAAUUUCAUAUUAUUUAUUCUUAUUAUUGUUGUUGUUGGUUGUAUUAAAAUGUAUAUUAUUUUUGUUAUAAUUGGUUUAACAUAGUAUUUGUUGUGACAAUGAAUAAAACAAUUUAACAUAAUAAGCAUUACAAUAAUAAUAAUUAUUAUGUUUCAAACAAAUAUUUAUUUGAAGCUGAAUCAUAAUAAUAAUAGAAAUAAUUUUAAGGUCUUAAAAGUUAAAAACUCCUAUGGAUUCCAAUUUAAAUUUACACUACUACAUUAGAGUAGGACUCCGGGAAAUUCCCUGUAUCUCUGUGGGCCUAUCUGCCCCAGCUGACUAACGUAUCAAGAUUGUGAAGAUUCAGUUUUAAUUUUAUUUUUGUAUUUUACCUUGUUCAGACCAGUCUUACAUAACUGUGAAGGUUACAUUUAAACUCUUAGUGAAAUAAUAAUAAUGAUCUUUUAAUGUUCGCUUUAGUAAAUGUAAGAAAGUUAUACAACUAAAUAUUAAAAAAAAAUGAAAAUUCUUUUCGGUUUGUAAAGGAUAUCAUAGAUCAGAAUAUAAAAAAAAAAUCACACAUUUUUAUUAGAAAAUAAUAAAGCUUUGCAAUUAAUUGAACUAGUUAAAAAUAAAAAAAUAGAGUGUUGGAAAUAAUAAAAAGUGCGAGGUCUUAUGUAGUAAAAUAAAAUUGUAAACAGAGCAUGACUUAAAUAUUAAAAUAUGGGCUGUAAUUUGGAGAAUAUUGGAUACAUCUGCUACAAAAAUCAAUUUUAUGUAAACCCAUAAUUAGUGGUAUCUAAUAGAAUUGCAUGAUAUUUUAAUUUUGUAAUCCAAAUUAUAAUGUAGUUUGUUAAAGAAUCUUCUAAGAUAUGCUUAAUUGUUGAAUAAAUAAUUAUUUAACUUAUUGUGUUAUAAAGAAAAAUUUUAAUUUUUAGAACUUUAACGAAAAUAAAAAACCCAAAACAAAUCAUUCAAAAAGUGGUGUGAAUAAAAUAUCAUCAUGGGAUUACUCUGCGUGGGAUAAGUUUGAUGUUGUAUGUACCAACUUGGUUGCCUAUAAUAAAUUAAAUCAAAUAUCUAUAUUAUGUAUUUUAUAUAUAGGAUAAAGCUUGUGAAGAAGUGGAUUUACAAAACAAAUUGGAAAAAAAUGAAAGUGAUGGUUCAAAUGAUGACUGCUUAAAUAAUACUGUACAAUCAAAACUGUCUGAAGCAUUAUAUGAGAAAAUUCUGGUAACAUAUUAUUUUAAACUUAAACAAAAAUAAUGUUUAUUCCUUAUAAAAAUUAAAAUAAUAUUCAUUAGGUAAGUCAAUAGUAUGGUUCAUUAUUUAAAUUUUUAUUUAAUGAGUUGAAAUUUCCUACUUAUAUCAUUGUACAUAUUAAUUGCAACAAUUAAUUAAUAAACAGUAUGUAUAUUUUUACCAGGGUUUGGAAAUUAUAGCACCAAAAAUGUUAGUUUGUAAUGCUUCAACAUGCACAAUUAAUAAACAUGAAAAUACCAUUGGGAAAAAUGCAAAAUAAAACAAUCAAAACAUUUUUUUUUUUUUUUAUUAUUUUACAAAAUUUGAUUCAUAGUAAAUUGCAUUCAAUGUACACCAAACCAGUGUUUUCCAACGAGUGUGUCAUAAAAUUUUAAUGGUGCUCGGUGAAAAUUUUUUCUAUAGAAAACUAUUAAAAUAUAAUAAAAUAAAUAAAUAUUUAAUUGUAUCAUAAACAAAUAACAGACUAAUUUAAAAAGAAGUACAAAUUUAUUUAUUAAUUUUUGUGUGAAAGGUGUGCUUGAUGUUAAUUGCAUAAUAGUUUAAUUUGAGGAGGGAUCGAUGAUAAACAUAUUCCAUUGUUAACAUUUUUUAUUUUCAAUAUUGGUUAGUAUAGAAAAAACUAAUUCACAGAAAUAGUUUAAAAUCACUGCACUAUACUGUACAUAAUUAAUACGAGGAUAAAUCAGAUUUUUGGAGUACGAUGAAACUGACAAUUUUUAAAAUAACCAAAUUAUUGAAAUUAACAGCAUCGUCUGAUAUGAUCAGCAAUAUCAACCGAAUAUGACUGUCUUUCCAAUGGAUUUUUAGUUUUACUAUUGAAAUAUCAAAAGAGCAAGAAAACAAAAUUUUUUAUAUAACAACAAUGUAAUAUGAAACACAUUUAAUUCUUACUGUGUGUUCAGGUGUCACCAAAAAGUAUACGCAAGUGCUAAUUCCGAUCCUUGAUUAUUAUUUUAAGUUUAAUUUGUUAAGUAAAAAAAAAUACUAUUUUAUAAUUUUCUCUCUCUGUAGGAGGGGAUCAGAGUACUCCCAAAAUAUUUCUACCUGUCAUAAUAUGGGACAAAUGGGGUUGCAUCAGUUUGAAAGCCGGUGUAAAAUUCUGCCAAACAGUAUGGAGGAGUUCUAAACCAGCAUUUCUAAACCAUAGGAAUGUGGCCCAAUUUUGGGUCACAUUUGAAUAGAUCGCCAAAAAAUCAAAACAUUAAUAUAAUAUUUUCUUAUUAGAUUAUUAUAGUAUAAAAUAGUUUUAAAAAUAAUAAAAUAAUUAAUGAAACAUUUUCUGUAAAUUAUUUUUCUUGACAAACAAGGUCAGGGAGACAUAAAUGUAGAAAAAACUUAAAUUUUCGUUUUCAUUCCUUAAUCAUUGAAAAAAUAUAUAUUUACUCGUAUGUUCUUCUUCUUCUUUAGAAGAAUUUAUUUGUUCAAUUUUUAAAAAAUCAAUUUCUAAAAUAUAUUAUUCUAAAAAUUAUAAUGUAUCAUACAUUUAUGUUUGAUCAAUAGUUUCUCAAUAAUAGCUAUUUCAAUAUCUAGACCUAGAGAAAGGUGUGAAAAACAAAACUACCACAAUAUGCAAUAACAAAUCAUAGUCUUAAUCCAAAGAUGUGAGACUUGGUCUAUGACGAAAGGUGAUAACAAAAAACUGGCAAUAUUUGAAAGAAAAGUUUUGAGAAAAAUUUUUGGUCCAGUGUACAAUCUCGAUCUAGGAACAUUCGAAAGGCGGAAAAACGAAAAUUUGUACCAAUUGUAUAGAAAACCAACGAUAUUAACGUAUAUAAGAACUAAGAGAAUGGAGUUGUUUGGACAUAUUUGGAGAGCUGAAGAUGAUAUACUAAAAAUGGUCACAACCGCAAUGAUACAGAAGAAACGACCACUGGGUAGACCACAAAUGAGAUUGAAGGAUGCUGUGAAGAAGGACAUUCAAUUGUUGGAUGUGAAUGCGUCUGUUGAAUCAGCACUCAUCAGAGAAAGGUGGAGAGACUUGUGGCAGCUCAGGUCCUUCAAAGACUGUUAAGCUGAAGAAAGAAGAAGAAGAAGUCUUAAUCCAAAGUAUUAAAACAUUUUUAUUAGAAAUUAAAACUGCUAUUACUUGGAUGUUGAUGUAUGAUACAUUCAAAUUUAAAUUUUUUUUUUUUUUGUUUGUUUUUUCAGUGAUUAAUGAAUAAAAAUAAAUAAUUAUUGACAAAGUUAUUAACAUAUGAUAGCACUUUAGGACACUGUAUAAUUCUCAUCUAGGUACAAUAUGUACAUAUUAUUAAAAACUGAAUUAAAUCACAUAAUAAUUUACAAUUAGAAUAUAAAAUUCAGAACUUUAAAAUUAUAUCAAUCUCACUGUUAUUCUCUAUUUCAAAGUAUUUAUUUAUUCUAUUCAGAAUAAGAGUACCCAGCAGUAGACAGAAGUACAUGGGAGUUCACGCAUAUUAUAAGGUUUACAGUCGAGUAUGAGUUCAGGCAACGUGUGAAUGUUUAAUUGAUCAUCUGCACACCAGUGUGCUUUUAUUCUGAAUAGAGUGUAAUAAUGACAUGAAUUUAUUGGUUAUUUCAUUAUUUUUUCUUUUUAAUACUUGAUAACUAAAAUAUUACAUAACUUACAUCAAAAAAUAUAAUCAUAGUAAAUCAAUUUAUCGCAAUCAUUCCAUAUAGGUUUAAUAUAAGUAAAAUAUAUGUUGGACAUAAAAAUACUCAAUGUAAACUAGGUUUGUCCUGUAGUUAAUAAUAAAUAAAUAUUAUAAUCAAUUAUAUUUUCAUUGGUGGAGUAUUGGUAAUAUAUUAUUUCAAUUUUAUCAUUUUCGAACAUGUUUUUUUUCAUAAUUAAAUAAUUACAUACAUAUUUUAAUUAUUUUACUAAUGAAAAACCAUAAAUACAGAAAUUGCAAAGCUUGCAAACUAUUAAUUUUGCAACCAGUAUUAUAUUUGGGGUCUCAAGUGUGUCUCCACCUAUUACACCACUGUCAUGAUGCAUGAUGUUUGUAGAUAAUACAGCUUUUAUAGAAGAAAAUCUGGAAUAUAUUAACUAUAGGUUUGAUGAAUAGAGAGUAGCAAUUAAGGGAAAAGGGGUAAGGAUAAGUAGAUGUAGAUAUUAUUGGCUGAGAAUUUGAUGCAUCAUUUUAUUAUUUAAUGUUUAUAUUAGAACAUAACAACAUUGGAUUUAUGACUUUUUUUUACAAAAUAAAUUUGUUAGCAAUUUCCUAAUAAAUAUUUUUUUAUUUUUUUUGUGCAUUAACCUUAUUUUCUACUUUAUUUUAUUUCUCAUAAAUUAUUAAUUUUAAGCAUCAUAGCUGUAAAAAGAAAGAAAGUCUCUUUAUAUAGCUUCUAGCAAAUAACUAUUAUAGCUCAACCAUUAUAACUUAAAAUAACAGAAAGAUAAAACUAAUUAAAAAUACAAAUAUAUAAGUAAUUAACAUACAAUUAAAUAUUUUAAGUUUUAAUACAAAAUACUCAUAAUCAAUAAAUAGAAACAUGAUAAUUAAAUUAAUGAGAUAGAGAUAAUUGAACUAUGGAAUAUGUUGUUUGUACAGUGCGGCUAUUAGGAAGGAAAUUAAUGGAUUUAUUAAUGCGGAAAGUUCUGAAAUAAAUUUGAAAAAAGGACUAUUGUUAUUAACGUUAUUGAAUAAUGGGAUAUUAUUAGAAUUGGCAGCAAAGGCAUAAAAAGCCUUGGAUGGGUGUGAUGAUUUGAAUAUGUGAAUACUGUGUUCGAAUUUUGACGAAUUGAAUAGGUUGUUGAGGAAUGUUUGAGAAAUGCUUUAUAUUUCGGACAUCCUUUGUAGCUAGAAGUAUAAUAACCCGCACAAAGGGAGCACUUGGCUGGACUGUUUUUGUCCUUGGUGCAAAUGCCUGAGGAGUAAUCUCCCUCACAUUUAACUCAGCGUGAAGGAUGGUGGCAUUAGUUAGCAGUGUGUCCGUAGGUCUGACAGUUUUGACACUGAGGAGAACCUUUUUUAGUCCUGUAGGAUAAUCCAACUUUAAUUUUAGUGUAAAACAUUGAUGACAGAUUUAAAAUGUCUUUAUUGUAUGUAUUUAGUAUGAUAUCCACGAAAAACAGUGGGAGCGAAUAUCCAUUUUUAAUGAUGUUCACGAUUCGACUGACAGAGUGACCUAUUUUACAGUGAGCAUCAGAUAUAUCUGAGGUGAGGGUCGAAUGUUGAAGAUUUCUUAUAAUAAUCUUGUAAGGUUAAUAUGUUGGUGGCAUGAAAGUCUGAAAAGAAUCAUCAGUGGCUAAAAGGUGUUCCAUAAUUAUAUUAUACUUUAGAUGUCAAUGAGGGCGGACAAUCAAAUGAGAAAGCAAUGACUUACAUGAAAACCCAUUAAGGUCAAUAAGCUGUACUAACGUAUUUUUAAGAGUGGAAAAAUGAUUAAUGUUUUUGACAUAGAUUAGUGGAGCCCUGAUAUUGUCAUGUUGAUUGGAAACAUCAUACAUGUCAAGUUCAAUUUCGUUGUCCUCCUCGGACGCCAGAACAGUAAACAGUUGGGUGAAAUUUAUGUUUUUGGAUUUUUGUCAUUUUGAAUUGAUGACAAUGAAGAAGUAGACAAAUUUCUCUUGGGGGGAAAUAGGUGUGCGCGGAAAGACUGGGCCUGCUUUUGUUGUUCAUAUUUGGUUAAUAAGGGAAAUAUUUAAUAAUGGUAAUAUGUACGUAACGUACGUGUGUUUAUGAUGAAUGUAAUAACCAAACUGAGAAACUCUUAUUAUGAAUAUUAUUAACUUAUGGAGUAUUAAUUAUUAUUAAUUAUUUAUUUUGUUAAUUUAUUUAUCCUUUUAAUGAAAUUGUUUUAAUCAAGGGUAAUGCAUCAGUACAAAAACAAAAAUGGUCUGAAGCUAUAUUGAGGUACACAAGAGCCAUAGAUUAUUAUGAUAAAGAUCCAGUAUUUUAUGCCAAUAGAGCAUUGUGCUAUCUUAAGACAAAUGAGUAAGUUUAUUCAAAUUCUUAAUACAAUAUUUCUGUAUCCCAGAGGUAAAAGACUAUGUUUCAAAAUAGUAAUUUUACAGAAGAUCAAAUUUUUGAUUAUUUUCAUUUAUAAAUGUAUUUUUCUUUUUGACUAAUACAAAUUGCUCUAUGGAACCUAAACAUAUUAUUAUUACUAUUCUUUACAAGAUAAAAAUACUAAUUUUAAUAAUUUCUAAAAAUAAUGUAUAUUUUGUGGACAUAGUAUUAUAAACCCUUGGAAAUAACAGUAUGGUUUGAUUUCCCAUCGCCUUAUCUCUGUCACUUAUGAUAACUGGAUAUAGUGUCACAUACCUUUACAUAGAGCAAAAAAUGUAUAACAAGGGCAUAGGGCUGAUUCAUUUUCAUCAAAAAUGGACAUGGUGCCCUUUACCACUGGGUUACAAACUUCAAUUAUUAUAAUUGUAAAUUAAAAUUAUUUAAACAGAUUUAAACUAGCAGUUAAUGAUUGCUCUAGUUCACUUAAGUUAGAUAGCACUUAUGUUAAAUCAUAUCAAAGAAGAUGUGCUGCAUAUAUGGCUUUAGGAAAAUAUAAUGAAGCAAAAAAAGAUCUAAAAGAAAUUCUAAAAUUGGAACCGAAUAACAAACAGGCUAAACUUGAUAUAGAAUUUGUAAACAACAAAAUUAAACAGGUAAGUAAAUGACAAGCGUUUUAAUUUAUUUAAUAUCAAACAAAACUUUUCAAUUCCUAGGAUACAAUGCAAAUAAAUUCUGACAUUACAUUUCUUAAAACAAAAACAAUUAAUAAUUUACAAGAUAAAAGUACUAAUUCAAACAUUUUAUGUCAAGACGUUGAAAAAUCAGUAAAAUGUGAGAUUCCUAAAUGGCCUUCAAGAGUAGCUUGUAAACAAAUAAAUUCUAAACCAAAACCUCCUCAUCUCAGAUCAAAAGUAAGAUAAUGCUAUAAUCAUACAACUAAUAAUUAAUUAGUGAGUAGCUUUAAAAUUUGUGUUUAAUAUUUUUUUAGAAACCAUUUUACUUACCCAAAAUUAAAGAUGUUCAAGUAGACCAAGAAGAACUAGAUACUAUGAAUUUACUUCAAACAACAUUAAAAGAAGUAUGUGAAAAAAAUAAAAAAGACCAAUUUAUAACCAAUAAGGUUACUAUAAUAACAGAUACAGAUCAGAUAGAGAAGAAACCAUUUAUACCUAUUCCUUCUCCUCCUCAAACAUAUGUACAACUCAAACAAGACUGGGCAUACUUACAAAAAGAUUCUAAAUUGUUAUUUAAAUAUUUGAAAGUAAGAUUUCAAAUUAAAUCUAAAGUUUGUAUUUAUACUAAAUUAUUUUAAAAUAUUAAUUUAACCAUUUUGUUUAGCAAAUUCCUGGUCGGCGUUUACCAUUGAUUGUACGUAAUUCUAUGGACAAUGAUUUGUUUGUGGAUAUUUUAAAAAUUUUGAAGUUGGAAUUUGUUCAAAAUGGACAUGAUAUAAUAGAUUAUUUGAUAGGUAUUAGUGAAUUGCCUCGAUUGCAAAUGUUAGUGAUGUUUUGUUCAGAUAGUGAAGUAUUAUGUAAGUAUAUAUGAUCUUGUUUAAAUGGCAUAAAAUAGUUAUUUUUUAUACUUAUAAGUAUAAAAAAGAAAGGUAAGAUAGGGGACGGGUACAGCCAUGAUGUAUGUGGGAAAUUAGAAAGGUAGGAUAUAGACGGGAAUUAAAUGUAUAUCUGUAAGCAAUAACUAUUUGCAAUUAAACCAAUUCGUAUUCCAUUGCCUACAAAAAAACGAUUCUAAGCGGUGGAGUUCAAUUGGAAAACCCGGAUAGACGUUGGGAAAAUGGUACAACAUUAAACAAAUUUUAUUAAAGAAAAAAUAUACAGCCUUUUUAAUAAUGUUACUACAAAAUGAUAUAUACAAUGUGAUUAACUCAACUGAAAACAUUAUCUUAGAAAGUAUUAACUUUUUCAAAAAGCAGUGUAUUUUGAAAAUGCCUUAAAUAGAUGGAGUAUUAUUGAAAAUAAAUUUUGGUGUUGAAAAUUUUUAUUUGAAGGAGAGCAGUAGAGUAUUCUUUGUGUGGCGGUACGGCUACACGAAUACACUACUUCUUUCCUCCAAUCCAAACUUGAAAGUGGAAUAUCUCAUCAACGGCUUGAUAGAAAUCAAAAAUUUCAAUACCAAAAUUUAUUUUAAAUAAUACUCCAUGUAUUUAAUGCAUUUUCAAAAUGGGUUGCCAUAUGAAAAUCAAAAGUAGGCAAUCAUUUCUACCUCAAAAUAAGAGGUACAACAAAAAUGAUAACGCAACAUUUUAUAAAACUAUUUGAUUCAUAAGUUUGAAUGAAACUAAUACUUUCCGAGAUAAUGAGUGUUUCCAGUUGAGUGAAUUACGCUGUGCAUGUCAUUUUAUAGUAAAUUUAUUAAAUAGGCUUUAUAUAUUUUAUUUUUAAGUCAUAUAUUUUAAGUUUUUUCAUGUUUUAUCCUGGUUUUUCACAUUUGCUGGGAAAACUCGAGAGAAUCAAAAAAUUACAGCUUUAAAGUUCCUGACAAGUAAAAUUUUCUUUUAGAAACAUUGCUAUCAUUAAAAUUUACAGCAAAAUUUCUGGUAGAAAAGUUGUCCACAGAAAAAAAAAUCUUAAAUUGUAUUUGUUAUAUUUUGUAAAUUUUCCAGUUAAUUUUUUCCGGUUAUUUUGCAUUUGUUGAGAAAACUGUUUUUAAAAAUCAAAAAAUGACAUCCCCACACAAAUUUCCUCUCAGAAAGGUGCUACACGUAGAAAUCUGAGCAAGUCUUCUGGUAUAAAAGUUGCUCAUAGAUAAAAAGUAAAAAAAAUUAAAUAAUAUCAUUGUAAAACCAUAAGCUUCUUUGCUCCACUCAGAAUUUAAAAUGUAAUAUUUAAUAUAAGACAAUAUUGGUUUAUGUGUUUUUUCAUAAAUAAAUUUAUUAUAUCUAUAAAUUAAUACAUAUUUUUUUUAUCUGCUACUUCGAUUUUUUAUUUUAAAUAUUUUAUUUAAUGCCCAACACUUUAGGACUCAUACCCAACAUCUCACAACACUUAUAUAAAAUGUCCUAAUUGUCAUUGAUGGCAACUUUUUAUUACACAACACUUCCUCUUCCACUACAUCCAGCCAUAUAUAAUUGUCAUUUCUACUAUAUACAUCCUCUACAAUUCACAAGAAAAUUGACUGUCACUAUAUAUUUUUUGUUAAUUUAUAUUGUUUUGAUUUCAGGUAUUCAGGAAUUGCUGCAUCAUGUUUCAAAAUUUGUUUCAAAAAGUGUUUUCAAAAAUCUCAAGAAUUCUUUUGGAGUAUAAUUGCAUUUUGAAAUUUUUUUUUAUUAAAAUAACAAAAAAAAAAAAAUUUGAUAUUAUACUUACUUCAGCGCACAUUUAGUUGUUAUUAAACCUUAAUUAAUAUAAUUCAACACAAAUACACUUCAUAUGCAUAUAUAUAUAGUUCAAUUAUACAAAUUUGUACCUAUUAGGUCAAGCAUACACCAAAAUAGUGCAAUAAUAGCUCCACCAUAGAACUUACUGAUAGGUAUAUGAGUGAAUUAGACUAUGUAGGUAAGGAGCCAGAAUCUAUUUAUAUAUAUAUAAGGCUUUCGGCCUAAAAUUUUAAUUAAGAUAAGUAACUAAUUUUUGGUAAUAAUAUUAUAUUUUAUUUAUACUUAUCCAAAGUACAUCAAACAAAAUAUAUAGUGAUUUACAGGUGAAUGAAGUAUUUAUAAAUUUUCGAAUGUACAGUUAUAUGAAAUUUCCGAAAUAAAUGCUAUUGUUUUAAGUUGUAAUAAAGUUAUGAUUGAUUAUAGUCACUACUGCGAAACAGAAAUUUUCUCAAUAUGUGUUCUCUUAGUCACCAAUCC